AUGUAGAAAAAACAAAAACUAAUCUUGAUUGCAUAUACCCUUUUCCUUCUGUCCAAAAGUCAGCAGACUUGUGCGUUAUUUUGGUUAAAAUCCAGCUAAGAACAAUAUUGCCCUCCAUACUUCCUCAAUUCAAAAUUAUUUUCUUCUAUUAUCGCAACAAUAUUUUCCUUCACUCCCCUUUGUUUGAUUACACUAGGGUUUUGAUUAUACCCAAAUCAUUAUCUUGAAAAAUUCAUUAUCCAGAAUCAUCCAUAAAACCCUAUUUUUGAAGAGGAAAACCCCAUGGAUGAAAGGGUUUUGAAUCAUGGGUAUCCGGGUCUUAGCAUCAUUGCUGAUCAUGCAACUUCAAGUAAUCAAAUCCGGUGGUUGAUUUCUGUUUUUGGGGGAGUUAUCGUGUGUAAAAUUGCCUAUGAACUUACAGGCAUAAUUAGCCCCUUGGUCUUCAAAGGUUUUAACAAACUUGAUAACAAGCAGAAACUUGAAUGGAAAAACAGGGGCUUUUCCACAUUCCAUGCGCUUUUUGCAGCCAUUGGUUCCGUGUAUCUUUUGGUCUUUACAAAUCUUUUUGAUGAGCAAGCUAAAGAGGAAUUGAUUGUCAACCGAUCAUCUGCAGCAUCCGACACUCUACUUGGGAUGUCAAUCGGUUAUUUCUUUUCAGACUUGGCGAUGAUUAUAUGGACUUAUCCAACUUUAGGCGGCGUUGAAUAUUUAUUGCACCAUGGACUUUCUUUAUUUGCCAUUAUUCAGUCCCUUAUAAGUGGCCAAGUUCAGUUUUACAUCCUUAUGGUUCUUUUCACGGAGAUCACAACGCCCUUUGUGAAUUUAAGAUGGUAUCUAGAUGUAGCCGGGAUGAAGAACUCCACGCUUUACUUGUUAAAUGGCAUUGCAAUGUUUAUAGGGUGGUUGGUGGCAAGGGUCAUCUUGUUCGUCUACUUUUUCUACCACAUGUUCACACAUUUCGACCAGGUGAAGUAUGUUUUUUAUCCAAUGGGAUAUUACACCUUGUUGACGGUCCCACCGGCGUUAGCAAUGAUGAAUUUGUUUUGGUUUUGGAAGAUUGCCAAAGGAAUGAUAAAAACUCUCACCAAGUUAAGAAAGCAAAGUUAAUUAACACUAGUUUGUUAUUAUGGAAGCAAGUUGUUGAUUUGUAAGCAAAGUUAAACUACCAUGUUUCAAAUGUUCUAUGUAAUUAAAUAUACGAGUAAAUUCAUAAUAAUUAUAAAAUUUUGUUGCUGGAGAUACGAUAUUUUAUUAAAAAAAACGGUUUUUCA